AUGGAGGGCAAUGUGUUUGAUCAGGUGCAAAAGUACCUUUUGGACAGUAAAGCUGAGAAUCGCCAGAAAGGCGUUCGACUCAUGAUUACCAAGACUGACGCCUUGUUUCGUGAUUUCCCUCCAGAGGAUGCUUGCCAGAAGCUCCUUGUAGAGAGGAGUCGGAUAGAGGAGAUGUUUUUAAACACCCCUUCAGCAGCUCAGCGGCAUGGCGGGGUCGUUGCCCUGCGUUCUAUUGUGAAGGGAUUACCCUCGCAGUCGUAUCCGCCUGAGUUUGUACGACUCUUUAGCAUUCCAAUCUUUAACAGUUUUAUGGAUAGUGAUCCAGUAGUUCGUGUGGCUGCUGCUGAAGCGACUUAUGAACUUUUGCGAAAACUAAAUACGCAAGUCCUUCAGGUUGUUUUUAAAGAGCUGUUCGCAGCCUUGUCUUGCGCAAUAAAUGACAAAGAUUGUCGUGUGGCCCUUCUUGCUCGUGAGAUAUCCAAUAUGGUUCGUGAACGUUUGAGUGGAAACGAUGACUUUAGUCUUGAUCUCAGGGUGUUUGUGCGAUUCGUAUGUGAAACCCUGGAACCCCACAGCAGCGUAUCGCUGCCUCCUGAGUUGCGAUCCUCAACGAGUGGCUUUAAGGAAUCACUCGUGGUGCAGUGGGUUUUGGAAUGGAUAAAUCAUGUCUUGGACAUGCCUAGGCACCAUCUUAUAGAUUAUCUUCCGGAAUUCCUUUCAAUUCUGUUUACUCUACCGAUGAAAACUACAGAGGACGUACUCUGGAAGCUGUUGCAGACUUGUAGAUCCGAGUUCAGAAAGGCCCUCAAGACAGGAGGCUCCUCUACGGAUUCAGUUUGUAUCAUCUUGCGUAUCCUCAUAUCGACUGCCUACACCAUUGAAUACCCUCUGACCAAACGAUUAUGCUUCGAAUGGAUGAGUGACCUUGUAGAUCAGGGUAUUCAGACUGCGGCGCUCGAUUCACUUAUACCUCUCUAUGACGCUAUGCUUCUCUGCGCGCUGAGACACGUGAGUUCCCUUGACACCCAACUAAAAGAGGCAGCACAGCGUGUUAAUAGUGAGCUCAUGUCUGUUGUCAUUCGUUCAGGAAAUAAAGUUUCGGGAAACCCGCUUUCCAAUAUUUUGGUCACGAUCACCGAUUUGCUAGGUGUUCGGAAGGGGUGUGCUGAAGCACACCUAGCCGCACUUGAGUGGAUCACAUUGCUGCAUCACCAGGACGUGGAACUUGUGGAGAGCAGCUUCGACAAUGUAAUAAAAGGGAUUCUUACGUUACUGGGUGAUGAAUUAGCAGAGGUUUACACCAAAGCAAUCGAGGCACUUUGUCUCAUCACAAAGGAGAAGCAUUUAAAGUCGCUCCUCGAGGGCAUAUUUUCUAUGGUUAGGCAAACCCCAUCGGUUCUACUUCCGCGCCUAUCGACCAUUUUAAAACAGAUGCAGGUAUGUUUAGAGAGUUGCGACCAGACCAAAGAUCAUUGCGAGACAUUACUGGUGGCGAUAUGCAACACGCUUCCUGAAAUGACAGAUAAACGCUUUGUCUGCAAGUGCGUUAUCACGUUGAAUAACGCGUUGCUGACAAGUUCCGAAUUUUUUAAACUGCGGCAACUACUAAAACAGGGCGUAGCGUCUUCGGAUCGAGUGCGCAAUAUUUUUGUUCAACUAGGUCGCAGUUGGAAUCACAAUGGCGUUGCGCUCCUCGCAUUAUGCCUGCUUACUCGUUCCUACAGACUGUCGUUGGCAAUAUGCCAGUAUCUGGGGGAAAUUGAGCUUUCUCCCAGCACUCUUGUCCAAAUUGACCGCUUGGCCCAAAUGCUUGAGGGACCUGUAUUCUCAUUUCUCCGGGUGGCCAUGCUAACCCCAUCUCGAUGCAUACCGCUAGUUCAAACCCUUUUUGGGAUCCUCCUCCUUUUACCGCAAACUUCUCCGCAAUACAAAAUUUUAUACAAUCGUUUGAAGGUUGUUCCCAGCCUGGCUCAACUAGGGAACGAGGGGAAAGGUAGGCCCGUCGCAUCUCAAAAGGGCCAGAAUAGCGAAGAAGAGGAAGACAAUUUAUGGGUUAGGGUGCACGAACCCUUGUUUCAAGAUUUCAAGAGGUGUCAAGAAACUAUUGCUGCUUUCGAGCAAAAUGUGGAUCUAUAG